AUGGCAGAGAAGCGCACUCCUAUCCGUGCCCUAGCUGUGGCUGGCAUUUCAACCAAUGGGGAUUAUUCCAAAGCUGAUGGCCAGAUGGACGCCCGAGACUGGCAAGGAGAGGCAAACCACCAUUCCAGCCGUUGCAUCAACGAGGCUGUUACAAGUCGCUGCAGACAAACCCCUAAGAACGAAGCUGUCUGUGCCUGGGAUGCAACAUGGUCCUAUGAAGAGCUUGAAGAGCUAUCAUCUGCAGUGGCCAAUAGAUUGGUCGCACUAGGCGUUGGACCAGAGUCGCUAAUAGCAUUCUGCUUCGAGAAAUCAGCCUGGGCGAUUGUUGCAAUUCUCGCCAUUCUGAAGGCAGGUGGUGCCUUCAUACCAUUGGAUCCUACGUACCCAAUUGAUCGUUUGCGAAAAAUCAUCAACCAAUCUAAGGCACAGAUCGCAAUAUCAUCUGUUCAAAAUGAGUCGCUAUGUCUUGAGCUCGUUCAACAUGUAGUGGUUAUCGACAGCUCUCUUGUCUCCGAGCUCUCUUGCAAACCGCAUGCUCAAUCAAGGGCAACGCCAGACAAUGCUGCGUAUGUGAUUUUUACUUCUGGCAGCACUGGCGAGCCUAAGGGCUGCAUUGUCGAGCAUCAAGCAUUUUAUUCAUGUGCACUUGCUCAUGGCCCGGCUCAUAGAAUCAGUGCAUCUUCUCGAGUGCUGCAAUUUGCAUCAUACAGUUUCGAUGCAAGUCUUGUCGAAAUACUUACUACCUUGAUCUUUGGGGGCGUGGUAUGCAUCCCAAGCGCAGAAGCAAGGUUGAAUGACUUGGCAAAGUUUAUGAAUGAAUCACAAGUCAACCUGGCAAUUUUAACUCCUAGCGUUGCUUCGCUGCUCCGACCAGAAGAUUUGCCACUCUUGAAAACGCUGGUUCUGGUGGGAGAACCGAUCAAGAAGAGUCAUGUGUCUUUGUGGUCCACGAUUCCUCAUCUACUCUGCGCCUACGGACCUACUGAGACCGCCGUUUCGGCUACAGUGAAUCGUGAACUUCAAUUGGAUGCUCCUGCGAAUAUAGGGACACCUGUCGGAUGUCGAGUACAAGUUGUUGACAUCGAAAACCACAACAAUCUCGUCAUCUCAGGGGAUGUCGGCGAAUUACUUAUACUCGGAAGUAAUCUUGCUCGAGGUUAUCUCAAUGACUCGGUGAAGACCAUAUCCUCAUUUGUGGAAAUACGUGGGGAACGAGCCUACAAAACUGGAGAUUUAGUACGUCAACUUUCUGAUGGAAGUCUUGAGUUUGUUGCUCGCAAAGACACUCAGAUCAAGAUCAAUGGCCAGCGAGUUGAGCUAGGCGAGAUUGAGGAGUGCAUUCAUAGUUCAGGGCUAAAGGUCGCUGCGACUGUGCACUCACCCACGGGUGGUUUACUUACAAGACGUUUGGUCGCCGUUGUUCGCUUCGAGACACUCUCAAAACCGACGCCAACCGACAAAGCCAAACCAGAUACAUUAAGAGGUCCUGCACUUUCAGGGGUCCAACCAGCCCUUGCAACAAUAAAAGAACAUCUUGCUCGCAGUCUCCCAUCUUUCAUGAUCCCGUCUCUCAUCGUUCCGGUCUGGGUGAUCCCAUUACUGGCAUCCGGGAAGACCGAUCGAAAUGGAGUUACCAGAUGGAUCGAGAGUCUCAGCGAGAUAGAGAUAACUGAGCUUGACCCUUCAAUGCAUUUGGGAGACAAACAAUCGAGGAGACGGAGCGACAUAGAGAUACUCAUGGUUGAAGUUUGGUCUGAGAUUCUCAACAUUGAUCCCGAAAGCAUCGAUCUCGAUCAGACCUUCAUCUCCCUUGGUGGGGAUUCAAUAUCAGCUAUGCAGAUCAGAGCACUGUGCAGGGAGAAGGGACUUAAGACUAAUGUCCAUGAUAUUCUGAGGUUCAGUUCCAUCGCGAAGAUCGCCCCUCACGUUAGACGAUCUACAUCGAAUGAGGUGUCUCUUGAGCCAGAUAAUGGGGAAGGAUUCAAUCUGUCACCCAUCCAGCAGAUGUUCUUCGGCACCGCACCGUACGGGGAGAAUCAUUUCAAUCAGAGCUUUUUAUUGGAGUCUUUUGAGAUUAUAGAUCCUGACCGGAUAAGAGCAGCUCUGCAAAUCAUUGUAAAGAGGCAUGAUAUGCUACGCGCGAGAUUUCUCUUCAACGAAGUUGGCCAUUGGAUGCAGUACAUAUCGCCUGAUAUCCAAGAAUCUUUCCACUUUUCCUACUGUCCAGCGCCGACCCGAGAAGUAAUUGAUGCUAUUGUUGGACAAUCGCAAAGAAUGCUUGACAUCCGCAAAGGGCCAGUCGUGGCCUUCCAACUUUUUCACUCCCAGCAGAAGUCAUUCUUAUCCAUAACGGCUCAUCAUGCUGUCUUUGACCUUGUGUCGUUUCGAAUCAUUCUCAGAGAGCUAGAAAAUCUCGUCAAAAUGCCCAACUACCCUUUGCAACAACCGACGUUGUCAUUUCGCCGAUGGCUACAGCUACAAAACACUUUUUGUGAAGCACGCUCUGAGUCACACAUUUCCUGCAAUCUCAGUAGUGCAGCAUCGAAUGUUUCAUUCUGGUCAAUGUGUGGUCACGCAAACAUACACGCUGACAAGAUCGAAAAGAAAUUCAUCCUAGACGAUUUAUCAAGUGCCUUCCUCCUUAAAGACGGUCCAAGACUUGCCAAAACGGACACGAGUGACUUGCUUCUGGCAAGCUUGGUCUAUACCUUUGCGAAGACCUUUCAUGAUCGAGACACUCCGGCUGUCUAUCUCGAAGGGCACGGUCGUGAGGCUUGGGACACCGAUAUCGACAUCACCGAAACAGUUGGCUGGUUCACUACUUUAUACCCCGUCUUGGUAAACAUUGAAGCAGACCAGGACAUCAUUGAUACAAUCCGAUACACGAAAGAUGCUCGUCGAUCAAGUUUUCACAAUGGUUCGAGAGAUCUCACUUCACGCUUUCUAGGGGUUGGGGGUAGAAACGACCCCAGGCUUGAAGAACCCAUGGAAAUCGUGUUCAAUUUUUCGGGUUCCUAUCAACAACUCGAACGGCACGAUGCACUUUUCCAACAGGUAGCAUGGUCCACUUAUGAGUCCGUUGCAGUUAGUAUGAAACGAUUUAGUCUUUUCGAAAUUUUUGUGGACGUUUCUCACAAUCAAUUGGCAUGCACUUUUACCUGGAAUUCUAGAAUGGCCCAUCAAUCUCGAAUCUCUGAGUGGUUAGACUCGUUCCAACAAUGCCUAGUGAAACUCUCAUCAGAGAUUUAUGGUACCCGAAAGCAUAUCUAUUCACCAAGCGAUUUUCCCCACGUGACAUUGAGUUAUCAUUCAGUGGAUGACUUGAUUACCAGGUCCCUUACAGAGCUGAGUAUUGACUUUGAGCAAGAUGUUGACGAUCUUUAUCCUUGCACGCCUCUACAAAAUGGCAUACUUCUGAGCCAGGCUAAAAAGCCAGAAUUAUACGUCACCGAAACUGUAUGGAUGAUAGAGACAGCUUCGGGUACCCAUACGAUCGACCUUAACCGGAUUGCUGCCUCAUGGAAAGCGGUGGUAAAACGGCACUCAAGCCUAAGAACAAUUUUCAUCGAGCAGAGCGGAUCGGAAGACACGUUCUUACAAGCCGUCCUAAAAACCCCUCACAUCCAUGUCGCGUACGACAGUUGGGAGGGUCCUAGACCUCCUCUGGGUGGAGCCAAGAAAAAUAUUGAUUAUCUGCCAGGGGCCCCAACCCAUACUUUUACGCUCUAUCAAGGCCGCGAGGGUCAAGUUUUUUGCUCUCUGAGAAUUAGCCAUACGAUGAUGGACGGGCUUUCAAUUGACAAUAUCGUCCAUGACAUACUACAGGCAUAUGAUGAUAGUCUUCCAACCCAACCUCCUAUGAUGUUCGAAGAUUAUGUCAAAUUCGUACAUUCUCAACCAAAGACUCCAUCACUGCAGUACUGGAAGGUGCGGCUGUAUGGAGCUCAGCCAUGUUAUCUUCCAAUGCUCAGUCGUAGUGAACUAUAUCCUCAACAUUCGGAGCCUCAAGCACUGCGCUCUGUGAUCGCUGACAAGGGAGCAGCUUCCCUGUGGAAAUUUUGUGAAAGCUAUGGUGUUACGAUGUCAACCCUCGUUCAUCUCAGUUGGUCAAUAGUCCUGCAAGCUUUUACAAGCAGCAAUGACGUCCUAUUUGGCUAUCCAGUGUCUGGCCGUGACCUCCCCAUCCAUGGUAUCGAAGCUGCAGUCGGUGCCUUUGCAAAUCUUCUCGUAUGCAGAGUCAAGCUUGAUCAAGAUUCCACAGUUAUUGAUAUCCUGAACUCGCUUCAGGAUCAAAUGGCAAUCGACCGCGAACAUCAUUUUCUGUCUUUGGGAGAUAUUCAGCACGCACUCGAAAUGCCCCAGCCACUAUUCAAUUCUAUUCUGUCAUAUCAGAAACACGAACUUUCCAGAGUAGCAUCAAAGUCAAGCAUCGAAUUCGAAAAGAUGGGAGAGUGGGACCCCAGUGAGUACGACUUAGCCCUCGGGAUACAUGAAUUUGACAAACGAUUGUUCAUGAAAUUGGAGUAUUUGCCCACGUUGUGGUCAGCCGAACAUGUGUCGCAUAUCUUUGAGAGCUUCAAAUCGAUAAUUCAGUCUAUCGCAACUUCUCCAACACAACCACUAUCUGCCGUGGAUUUGUUGAGUUCAGAAGCCCGUGGGGCAAUUCUCGAUUUCGCUGGUCCUGAAGUGCUUCACGUGGAAGACACCAUUCAUUCUGCAUUCAAAGCAAGUAGCAGUUCCCAUGCAGAUAAUCCUGCUAUUGACGCCUGGGAUGCGCAGUGGACCUAUGGUCAUUUGUUCGGUUUAUGUUACGCGCUGGCACAAGAUCUGAAAAGAAUUGGAGUAUCUGCUGGCACCGUGGUACCACUAUGCUUUGAGAGAUCUGCCUGGACAGUUGUGGCCAUGCUAGGAAUGCUAAUGGCGGGUGGUACUUUCGUUCUUUUAGAUACAUCCCAGCCGACUACUAGACUAAAGACAAUCAUCGAUCAGGUCUCUUCGAGCCUGGUCGUCUCGUCCCAAUGCCAGGAGGUACUCGCGAAGGACAUCUCGGAAAACGUUUAUGUGCUCGACCCCAUCCAAUUACUACAAAUCAAUGCCAAGAACAUUUAUGCAUCAGAUUUGGAAGAUUCUUCCGCCUCAGAUCCUGCCUUUAUCAUAUUCACUUCUGGAUCUACUGGCAAACCAAAAGGGGUUGUUUUGUCUCAUGCUGCAUUCGUCUCGGCAGCGCAAUCCCACGCCGGCCCUCUGAAGCUUUCCAGCACCUCUAGAGUUCUUCAAUUUGCCUCGUAUAGCUUUGAUGCCUGCCUUCUAGAGAUGAUCACAACUCUCAUCGUUGGAGGUGUUGUUUGCAUUCCCACGGAGUCUGACCGUUCGAGCAAUUUACUGCAAGUUGUCAGAGAAAUGAAGAUAACAUGGGCGAAUCUGACUCCUCUUGUUGCCGACAUGCUUCUAGAGUCUGACAUGCCAUUCCUUCAGACGAUAGUCGUUGCUGGCGAACCAAUGUCAAGAGAGUCAAUUCGACGUUGGAAAGAAAGCCCAAUCCGGGUAAUCAACGGGUACGGCCCAACCGAAGCGUGCAUUGCUGCCACAUUGAACCACAGGUUUCUUGAGCUCCAAGAUGUUUCAAAUUUGGGGCGGCCUGUCGGUUGUAGAUCAUGGAUCGUGAACGAUUACCAGCAACCAGUCCCCAUUGGUGCAGUGGGGGAGUUACUUCUCGAAGGGCCAACACUUGCUACCGGUUAUCUUGGAGACAAAGUGCUCACGAACGCUGCGUUUAUCAAGCCACCAGUUUGGCUUCCGGCGCUCUCUAGUAAAAUCUACAAAACUGGGGAUCUCGUCAGAUAUGAACUUGACGGUUCAAUUAUUUUCCUGGGCAGAAAAGACGGAUCGCAAGUCAAGAUUCGCGGUCAACGGGUAGAGCUCGAUGCUGUGCAACAACAAGUUAACAAGCUUCUCGGUCCACAAUUUCAAUGUCUCGUUGACUUCACAUCAGUGGCAAAGUUAAAGAAACAGGUCCUCAUUGCCUUUAUAGCAAAAAAUCAUCAAUGUAACAACUAUGGUGUCUGUGAAUUUGGCGAUGACGAUGGCCAACUCAAAAGUUUUGAAAAUCUCAGGGACACCAUUCGAACAUUGAUGCCUGUUUAUAUGGUACCGGAAUUGUAUAUCCCCUUGACCGAUAUUCCUUUGAUGCCAUCUGGAAAGCUCGAUAGAAAACUCUUACGAAAGAUGGCGAAUGGACUGACGUCUUUACAAUUGAUGUCGUACUUCCUCACUAGCAACUCGGAAAUUUUUGAUGCCCCUGCAUCUUUAUUAGAAACUAAGUUAGCCAAUAUGUGGGCACAAAUUCUGGGAAUUGACGAAGAAGAGAUUUCAAGAAAGAGCAAUUUCUUUCAUGUUGGUGCAGACUCUGUCGCUGCCAUGAGGUUGACAAGCCUUGCACAACAUGACGGCUUAUAUUUGACUGUGGCUCAAGUCUUUGCCAAUCCUCUACUAUUUCAAUUGGCUGAUAUUCUUGAGGUCCGUCACAGGGGCCAAAUGGCAUUUCAAGAGGAUGUCACUCCUUUCUCACUUUUGGGCAAUGUCAACGACCUUGACGGUACCAGUACUAUUGCUCGCUCAACUGCCGCCGAACAGUGUCAUGUCGCCUAUUCACAGAUACAGGAUAUAUACCCGUGUACCUCACAACAAGAAAGCCUAUUCGCAACCUCCAUUCGAUACCCAGGUACUUAUAUCACAAAGCACAUCAUUUGCCUUCCACAGGACACCGAUAUUGCACUGUUCGAAAAAUCAUGCGAAGCUGUUUACACUCAUGUCGAUAUCCUGAGGACAAGAAUGAUCUUAUACCAAAAUAAGAUCCUGCAGGCAGUCAUUACGGAGCAGCUACCGUGGUUCAUUGACGAAGGAACCUGCGUUAAAUCCUCGCUAUCAGAUUAUGGAGUCAGUUUAAACACUUUUGGUUUACAGAAGCAUGAUGGCGAUCGAUGUACGUUCACUCUGGCGAUCAACCACGCGGUCUAUGAUGGUUGGUUUCUACAAAGGAUGUUUCGGGAAAUUGAACGAUUUUAUCACAGCCACAUGCAGCCAUCUCUCAGACAGUACAAAACCUUCAUUGCUUACACCACAAGAUCAGAGAAACCGGACGAAGAGAGAUAUUGGCGUUCGACCCUAAGGGAUAUCUCGCCAAAUAAAUUCCCAAGGACUACUGUGAGUGCUCCGUACGAUCUACAGGCUAUGCACACAGUUCAAGUCGAAAUACCUGACCAGCUUGACAUCACGACCUCGGUCAUGAUACGAGCAGCGUGGGUUCUCACUCUGGCUCAUUUGACAGAUUCCGAUGAUGUUGUGUUCGGCGCGGUUCUGAGUGGUCGUAAUGCUCCAAUCAUCUCGGCAAUGGAGAUUGCUGGGCCCAUGGUAACGACUGUACCAAUCUGUGUACGUCUGAAUCGAAAGAGUCUCUUGCACGAGUGGCUCGGUGACAUGCAAAUACAAGCGACAGAAAUGAUAGUACACGAACACACUGGACUUCAGAGGAUUCGGCAGUUGUCCGUGAAUGUUGCGGCGACAAAUUUCUCGACCCUUAUAGUUGUGCAAUCUCCGGACUCAGAAAUCGAAAAAAUCAAGCUUUUAGGUGCGCAAAUUCUACCAGACAAUAAGGCCAACCUUGAUGUCUAUCCGCUCGUUCUAGAAUUUGCACCACGUGGCGCAGCCAGUAUGGAUAUCGCGGCCCGUUAUGAUCCCGCAGUCAUAACAAGAUCCGAGAUGGGAACGAUUCUGUUGAUCUUGCAGGAUGUCGUCCUACAAAUUUGUGAGAGAAGAACCGAGAAAUCUGUAGGCGAAAUCAUGUCUUAUCUGGGGAUGUAUCACAAGCUUAAGGAGAAUGAACUUCAUUGGAGUGACCUCGAUCAAGAUGUCGAAGCUCCAAGCAGUAACUCCGUUAAACACUCCUUGGCAACCCUCUCAUCUCGCGAAGAGCAGCUGCAAGAGCUUUGGACGACUGUCCUUGAACUGCCAUUGCAUCGUAUCGGACGGCGCAGCGACUUCUUUCAUUUGGGGGGCGACUCGAUUAUGGCCAUUAAAUUGACUAUGGCAGCUCGAUCCAGGAAACUCAACUUACCCGUUGCUACCAUUUUUAGCAAUCCUGUGCUUGUUGAUAUGGCUGCACUUGCUCAGCCUCUGUUUGAGAGCCAACAGGAAACGACUGGACCGCCUGCUUUCUCUCUUCUCGCAAUGUCGCACGGCGAACCUCUGAGUUUAAUCUUACAAUCAUGUGCGACUCAGUGUAAGAUCAAACCCAGCGAGAUUGAGGACAUAUAUCCCACUACGCCUCUACAAGAAGGCCUUUUAGCCCUUUCUCAGAAACAGCCUGGAGCAUAUGUUGCACAACACAUCUGGCGAUUACCUGAUAGUCUUGACCGUACUGCAUUCGCGAAGGCGUGGGAGAGUGCUAGUCUACAUCGUGGUAUUUUGCGGACGCGCAUAGUUGUCCACGAAUCCAAGAUGUUACAAGUUUUAGUGGAGUCAGUCAUCCAAGUCGAGCAUUCUACCGUCCAAGAUCCACUUGACGCACUGAGGAGAGUUACCUUCUCGCCGGAUUUUGGCGAACCUUUAGCUCAAUUCCUGUUGCUGGACGGUGGCAAGAACAACACUUACUUCAUCUUCCUCGCUCAUCACGCCAUCUUUGAUGCAUGGUCCCUGCCACUACUAUUCAAAGACGUUGAAAGAACAUAUAUGAAUCAAAGAGCCAUUGCACUAAGACCUUUCACAUCGUUUGCAAAGCAUGUUCUGAUGAGCCAUACAGAAUCGAGUCAAGAGUUUUGGCGUGGCUACUUUAAUGCACUCGAAGUGGUACACUUUCCUAAUCCUGCUUCUGGAGCUAGCUCUUCAGGAACCGCUACCCAGAAAGUGACAUUGCAAAUGAGGCUCUGGAAUGGUCUCAAAGCUCAUGUAACUAUUGCAACUCUCUUGCGGGCUGCUUGGGCGUUGACCCUUAGUCACUACGCAAACACCGAAGAUGUGGUUUUUUGGUCCACACUAAGUGGUCGAGAUACAGAUAUGCCCGGGAUUACAGAGGUCGAUGGGCCAACUCUAGCUACUGUGCCAACACGUCUGAGAGUCGGACGGAACCAGUCGAUAUCUCAAUUUCUUACAUACACUCAAGACGAUUUGAAGUCCGUUAUACCUUUUCAGCACUAUGGCAUUCAAAAUAUCCGGCAGGCAAGCGAAGACGCUGCCAGAGCUUGUGAAGCGACUACCCAUCUCAUGAUCCGGGUGUUUGACGAUACUGUCGCGAGCUGGCUUGGUCUUGAGCAAGUAGAGACACAUUCAUCAAACUACACCUCGUACCCCCUUGCGCUGGACUGCAGGAUCGAUGGUAAUGACAUAGCGAUCGCGGUAUACGCCAAUCCUGAAGUGAUGUCGAAGACAGAAACCGAAAAAAUCGUCGAGCAUUUUUCCUACGCCGUUGAACAACUCAACCAAACCACGCUUAACUCACUUCUUGGGCAUAUACGAAAAAUUAGUUCAGGGGAAGCAAAGACGCUAAGUCUAUGGAAUGCACAUGUGCCCACGAUGGUACGACGGACGAUACAUCAAAUCACUCACGAUCGUGCACAAGAAAUUGCGGAUCGACCAGCAGUUUGUGCCUGGGAUGCCGAAUGGACGCAUGGACAGCUUGACCAGAUUUCUUCCCGCUUGGCAUUGCAGCUGAGGAAAGCAGGUGUGAAGCCUGAAAGUGUUGUGCCACUAUGUUUCGAAAGGUCUGCUUGGAUGGUCGUCGCAAUAUUGGCAGUACUCAAAGCCGGAGGAGCAUUUCUUCCGUGGGAUCCAGCGCACCCAGAGGAGCGUCGGAAGGAGAUGGUGAGACAAACCAACUGCUCUAUCAUCUUGACUUCGUGUGCCAAUGCAGAACUUUGCUCUGGGCUUUCCGAUACACUAGCCAUCGUCGAUCCCAUUGCACUCGAGUCCACAAAUGGUCCUAGUAUGGAACCGAUUGAUUUCCAUCACGACUGCACAUCUGCUGCUUAUCUCAUUUACACGAGCGGCAGUACAGGGCAGCCAAAAGGCGUCGUGAUCACACAUGAGGCGUAUUCUACUUCCGGCCUAGAGCAUGGACCCGUGCAUAAUAUUGGACCAACGUCAAGAGUCCUUCAGUUCGCGUCUUAUAGUGUCGAUGCUAUUUGCCUGGAGAUAAUCACUACUUUGAUGAUGGGAGGGUGCACUUGUAUCCCUAGCUCCGAUGACCGAGAUAAUCACUUACAACAAGCAUUGCAAAAGAUGGAGGUCACGACACUCGCACUCACACCCUCAGUACUCUCAGUACUUGCCCCUGAGCAGCUUCCAAGUUUGAAGACUUGUAUAAUGGUGGGUGAGCCGGCCCCAACAGCACUUGUGGAGCGAUGGUCCACUUGUGCAAGUCUCAUCAAUGGUUACGGGCCCACGGAGACAUCACUCGCAGCUGUGAUGAAUCAAGAGAUGACAGUCAAGACUGGUGCGAAUAUUGGCCGAGCUGUUGGAUGUGCUACAUGGAUUGCUGAUCCAGAAAAUCACGAAAACCUUGUGCCUAUUGGUGCGGUUGGCGAGUUAUUGAUUGAGGGACCAACCUUGGCGCGUGGCUACUUGCAUGACCAAGCGAAGACCGAGGCUGCUUUCAUUCUCAGCCCUUCCUGGCUUGAAAAACCAGGAACGAGGCUGUACAAGACCGGCGACCUUGUCAAAUAUGCAGAUGAUGGAACAAUCAUCUUCGUCGGCAGAAAGGAUAGUCAAAUUAAAGUCAACGGACAACGCGUGGAGCUUCGCGAAACCGAGCAUCAUAUCAAGAAAGCUAUGGCUGCGAUCGAUCAAGUCGUCGUUGAGGCAUCUCGAAGUGACGACGGACGUGCCCGUGCUUUAGUGGCAUUUCUGACCAUUAAGCCCGAGUUCCGGGCUGAACUUGGGCUGGUCAUUGAGAUUCAUGAGUCCUAUGCUCCCACCAGUUCUGAGCUUGAGAUAGAAUUGAAACAACUCACCACGGCCCUGCUACCUGUUCUUCCCGUCUACAUGAUGCCAAAAAUGUGGGUACCACUAAGCACGAUUCCAGUGGCAACGUCGGGCAAAGUGGAUCGCAAAAGCCUCAGUCAUCUGGCGAACAUGGUUGUUAAGGAGUCUCGCAGUGAGCAUUUUCUCACAUCCUCAGCGAGCAAGCGUGCACCUGAAACUCCAAUGGGUCUCUUAUUACAGGAUUUAUGGGCACAGGUGUUGCGUAUCCCAUCUCAGGAUAUAAGUGCUGAUGACAGUUUCUUCAGAGUUGGCGGGGAUUCAAUAUCCGCUAUGAAACUUGCUGGUCUUGCGCAUAGUCGAAAUUUACGACUGAGCGUACAAUUAAUCUUCGAGUAUCCGCUUUUGAAGGAUAUGGCGGAACAAUUAAGGACAACGAGUGGUCAGAACAACAUUUUUCCAGACACUGAGGCACCUUUGCCGUUCUCCAUGGUUGAUAGAGAUGAGAGCUGUGUGAAAAAACAACUCCAGCACCAGCUCAGCAAUGAGAUCCUCGAGAUUGAAGACGCGAUGCCGGUCAGCGAUUUCCAAGCCUGGGCAGUGGGCUUCAGCAUCUUGCAACCGAAAGGCUUUGUCACAUAUAUGACUCUGACACCCAAAGAGCCAUUCGAGCGAACUCGCCUAUCAGAAGCAACUCAACUCACCGUUGCCACGAUACCCAUAUUGCGAACAGGUUUUUCGAUUGCAGAAGGUGAACUGCUCCAGGUCAUCUUCCGUGACUUCUCACCUAAGCUUGCGUACCACAGAAGUGACUGCGAAGACCUCGAGUCAGCGCGAACAAACUGGCUCUUGAAGGACUCACGACAAGAUAUGCCCAUGCCAUACCCACUGACACAGUUUACCCUACUAAGUGAUGCCGCUGAGAAUAAUCAGUGCCUUAUCUUACGGCUGUCUCAUGCUCAGUAUGACGGAGUAUCAUUCCAUAAAGUCUGGAAAACUUUGCACCAAGCAUAUUCGAGGAUCGAGCUAUCCCCACAGCCGACUUGCUCCACGUUUGUUGAGGCUUCUCGUGAUAUCUCUCGCUCUCCAGCUGCAGUGAAAUACUGGAGCAAUGUCUUAGAAGGCUCUUCAAUGACACCAUUCACCUCUUCAACGAAACCAUUUUACAAGCAUCCGCUCAACAAGACUUCUACGUACAAAAUAGCCUGGAAUAUGGGAGGUCAAUCUCCAGGCUUUACACAAGCAACAACUGUGAAAGCAGCUUGGGCACUAAUUCUUUCACAUCUCAAUGCCAUGGGGCCAGCAUUUCCGUCAAGCAUUGACCUCACUUUCGGUAGUCUUGUAUCUGGUCGAGCUGCUGAUUCGAUCACGAACAAAGACACCAUUGGUCCACUCCUCAAUAUCAUUCCGGUCCGAAUAAAACUGGAAUUCAAUGCAACACUCCACGACCUGGUCUUGCUCGUCCAAAAGCAGCAAAACGCAUCCCUGCAGUACGAAAACCUAGGCUUUCGAUCCAUCAUACGCGAAUGUACAAAUUGGCCAGGCUUUACGCGUUUCAGUUCGGUGCUGCAACAUCAAAACCUCCCCGAUAUCACAAACGAAGUCCAAAUCGGCGACAUAGGCUGCAGUAGCGAAGCAUGGAGAGACCAUGUUGAUAGUAGCGACAUCGUUGUGCUGUCGACUCCAGUGCAGCGGGUCGACCGUGAGAAAGGUGACAACGACCUUCAAUUAGAAAUCGGAUAUUCUGAAGACAUUUUAAGUGCCGCACAAGCACAUGCUCUCGUGCAGAAUCUGGGUCAACUGGUCGAGGUCAUCAUCUCUAACGAUUCGGGUCACAUGGAAAUCGGCGAAGUUUUGAACAGGGCGGAUCUAUUCAUGGGCAUUCCAACUCAACCCUAUCGCGUGCCAGAGAACGAGACGAGCAAGAAUCAUACCAACGGUCAUGUUAUCACUCCCGGAGAAGCAGAGACCAUGGAGGGGAAUAUUAAUCGCAUCGAGGACGAACUAUGUGUGUUGUGGCAACAAGUUCUUCAUCUUGAAUAUGAGCAGAUUCGAAAUGAUGUCCCCUUCUCAUCAUAUCCUGGCGGUGAUUUCAUCGCGACUUGUAUACUUACAGAGUCGCUGAGACAACGAGGCUAUAUCGGACUAUCAGUGGAGAGAAUGCUCGUGAAAGAAACCAUUGGUGAACAGGCGAGAGUUCUGGCUAGUUUACCGUCUCAAAAUGGCAAUGGAGUUCACAGGUAG